CAAGUGUCCAUAUAUGCCUCACGCAUGCAGCUUCUUUACUAAGACCAAAAAAAACACAGAAAAACCAAUCGCUCACAGUCAGAGAGAGAGACGAGAAAAAAACAUGGCGAAAUCUCAAGAUCAGAACAAAGCAUUUGGUUGGGCGGCUAACGACAAAUCCGGUGUCCUCUCUCCCUUUCAUUUCUCUAGAAGAGAGAAUGGUGAGAACGAUGUAACAGUGAAGAUAUUAUUUUGUGGUGUUUGCCACUCUGAUCUUCAUACCAUCAAGAACGAUUGGGGAUUCUCUCGUUACCCAAUCAUUCCCGGGCAUGAAAUCGUUGGAAUAGCAACAAAAGUUGGUAAGAACGUGACAAAGUUCAAAGAAGGAGACCGAGUAGGAGUAGGAGUAAUAAUCGGAUCAUGCCAAUCAUGUGAAUCAUGUAACCAAGACUUAGAAAACUACUGUCCUCAACUCGUAUACACAUACAACUCCAGUUCCUCUGACGGAACAAGAAACCAAGGUGGCUAUUCCGACAAAAUCGUUGUCGACCAACGCUUUGUCCUAAGGUUUCCCGAUGGUUUACCGAGUGAUUCCGGAGCGCCGCUGCUCUGUGCUGGGAUCACUGUGUAUAGUCCAAUGAAAUAUUAUGGUAUGACUGAAGAAAAAGGGAAACAUUUAGGUGUAAAUGGACUUGGUGGGCUUGGUCACAUCGCUGUGAAGAUUGGUAAAGCCUUUGGUUUAAAAGUCACUGUGAUUAGUAGGUCAUCAGAGAAAGAGAGUGAAGCAAUCGAUAGACUCGGUGCUGACUCAUUUCUUGUUACAACGGAUUCUCAAAAGAUGAAGGAUGCAAUUGGGACUAUGGAUUUCGUGUUGGACACGGUAUCAGCACAACAUUCUCUGUUACCCUUGUUCAGUUUGCUUAAAGUGAACGGAAAGCUUGUGGCUUUAGGUUUACCAGAGAAACCACUUGAGUUACCCAUCUUUCCUCUUGUUCUCGGAAGGAAAAUGGUGGGAGGGAGUCAAAUUGGAGGGAUGAAGGAGACACAAGAGAUGCUUGACUUCUGUGCCAAGCAUAACAUCGUUGCCGAUAUUGAGCUCAUCAAGAUGAGUGAUAUCAACUCUGCAAUGGACCGCUUGACUAAAUCUGAUGUUAGGUACCGGUUCGUGAUCGAUGUGGCCAACUCCAUUAAUUCUGCUUUGAGUCAUAUAUAAGCUGAGAUUAAUGAACAUGUUGUCGACCAUUAGGUCUCGCUUUAGAGUCUGCUGUGACUUCUUUUUCUGUUUUCAUUUCUUUUUCCUUUUUUUCUAGUCUUACAUCUAUGAUGUAAUAAAUAAAACAAAGAUUCUGAGAUUUUUAUAUCAUCGGAUCUAACUUCUGAGAUUUGGAAGAUCGUGAUGCUAAUUCCUA